AUGGCGCCGCUUAACGCGACCGAUAUCGUGGUGAGCACAGAGUCACCGCAGCAUCGCAUGGCUGGCGCCGCCGCGGUGCCGCACCCCGCGCCUGGCACCUUUACCUCCACGGAACGUGCCAUUGGGGGCGAGAUUCAGAUGCCCUUGGAGGACAUCUUUGCCCGCGCCAACGAGGCAGUGCCGAUGUACGAAAAGCUCGGCAAAGUAGAGGGCAUCGCGAACACGCUGCACACGUCCCUGAAGAGCGGCGUGGACGGCAACACCGUGGAGGCGCGCCGCGUCUUCUUUGGCAAGAACGCACUGCCCGAGGAACCGCCGCUAACCUUUUGGGAGAUGUACAAGGCCUCGUGGGAGGACAGGAUGAUCCGCCUGCUGGCGGUGGCGGCCAUUGUGUCACUCAUCCUGGGCCUCACCGUGCCGGAUCCCGGCGAGACGGAGGUGAACUACACGACGGGCUGGAUCGAGGGCUUUGCCAUCAUCUGCUCUGUUAUCAUCGUGACCACCGUGUCAUCCGUCAACGACUACAACAAGGAGAAACGGUUCCACAAGCUGACGGAGGAGAACUCCGCGCAGCCGGUUCGCGUGCGCCGUGGCGGAAAAGAUGUCACGAUCGAUGUGACGGAGAUCGUCGUGGGCGAUAUCGUGAGCCUGUCGCCUGGCCUUGUGGUGCCUGUGGAUGGGUUCUACGUGACGGGCAUGAGCGUCGUGAUCGACGAGAGCAGCGUGACGGGCGAGAAUGACCCGAAGAAGAAGAGCGCGAGCGCGCCGAUCAUCUUGACAGGGACUGUGGUGAACACUGCGGAGGAUGCGUACAUGCUUGCGUGUGCGGUGGGUGAGCGCUCGUUCGGCGGCAAGCUGCUGAUGGAGUCGCGCGGCGCUGGUACACCCCGCCCGACGCCGCUGCAGGAGCGUCUGGACGAGCUUGCCGACCUCAUCGGUCGCAUCGGUCUCGGCGCUGCGAUGCUACUGUUCGCCUUGCUGUCCUUGAUGGAGGGGUUUCGGAUGCUACAGCACGACCCGGGAGCUUCGUACCGCCACUUCCUCGACUACUUCCUUCUCUGCAUCGCCAUCAUUGUGGUGGCCGUGCCGGAGGGCCUUCCGCUGGCGGUGACGAUCGCGCUUGCCUACUCUCAGAACAAGAUGCACGACGACAACAACCAGGUGCGCCGCCUGCGCGCGUGCGAGACGAUGGGCAACGCGACGCAGAUUUGCAGCGACAAGACAGGCACGCUGACGCAGAACCUGAUGAGCGUGGUGCAGGGCUACGUUGGAAUGCAGCACUUUUCCGUGAAGCGUCCUGGCGACUUGCCAGAGCCGGUGCCGCUGUCUGGCAUGCGCGCGAUCUCGCUUCGCCAGCUCAGCGAGGGCAUUGCGAUCAACAGCUCGAGCGAGAAGGUUGUGAGCACGACGGACAAGGAGGGCCACACGGCUGCGCCGUACUGGCAGUGGGUGGCGGACAAGGGCAACAAGACGGACAACGCGCUGCUGGACUUUGUGGACCGCGUUGCGAUGACGGAGGCGGACGCACGCGACAUGGGGUCGCGGCCGCACCAGCGGAUCCGCGAGGCGUGCCGGCAGCGCGGGUUCACGAUCUUCCCGUUCACGAGCGACCGGAAGCGGAUGAGCGCUGUUGUGCGGCAGGAGGACGGGACGCUGGUGCACCACGUGAAGGGCGGGUCUGACCGUAUUCUGCCGCUGUGCGACCGGUACGUGAACGAGGCGGGCGACGAGGUGCCCAUGACGGACGAGGCGCGGGCGCGCAUUGCGCAGCAGGUGAAAAAGCUGGCGGACAUGGCGAACCGCACCAUCGGUGUCGCGUACGCGGUGCUUGGCGGCACUGAGCUUCCCGAGGAUGAGCCGACCGAGAGCUUGGUAUGGCUGUCCCUGCUCGGCAUCCAGGACCCGCUUCGACCGGAGGUGGCGGAUGCUGUGAUGAAGUGCCAGGCGGCGGGAGUGACGGUGCGCAUGUGCACAGGUGACAACAUCGAUACGGCGGUGGCCAUCUCACGCCAGUGUGGCAUCUUCAACCGCUCUCGUGGCGAUCUUGCGAUGACUGGCCAGGACUUCCGCAAUCUUGUGUACGACGCGUACGGCGACGAGGAGCGCAUGGCGAAGUUCUGGCCCGUGCUGGACCACAUGACGGUGAUGGCGCGCUCGCAGCCGCUGGACAAGCAGCUUCUUGUGCUGAUGUUGAUGACGCGCGGCGAGGUUGUCGCUGUGACCGGCGACGGGACGAACGACGCGCCUGCGCUGCGCCUUGCGAACGUUGGGUUUGUGAUGCGGAGCGGGACGGAUAUUGCGGUGAAGUCUGCGGACAUUGUGCUGCUGGACGACAACUUCCGCUCUGUGCAGCGCGCCGUUGUGUGGGGCCGGUGCGUGAACGACAACAUCCGCAAGUUCCUGCAGCUGCAGUUGACGGUGAACUACGUUUCCGUGGCACUGACGUUCAUCGGGUCGCUUAUGGCGGGCGGCCAUUCCUCGCCGCUGACGACGGUGCAGCUGCUGUGGGUGAACCUGAUCAUGGACACACUGGCCGCCUUGGCGCUUGCGACGGAGGAGCCGAGCGAGGAGUGCCUGAAGCGGCAGCCCAUUCACCGCAAGGCACCGCUGGUAUCGCGCCGCAUGCACAUGACGAUCACGUUGAUUGCUGUGUAUCACCUGGUUCUCGCACUUGUGUUGCAGGAGUUUGGUUACCGGUGGUUUGGCUUAGAGCGCUACAGCCGGGAGCACAGCACGAUCAUCUUCAACGUGUUUGUGUUCGGCGCCUUGUUCCAGAUGUUCAACUGCCGCAAGCUGUACGAUGAGGUCGACUUCUUCGAGGGAUUUGAGCGGUCGAAGCUUUUUGUUUUCGUAAUGUGCUUCUGUGUGGUGUUUCAGAUUAUCGCCGUGCAGGCGUUCGGCGGCUUCAUGGACGUCUGCCGCCUGCGGUUCUCGGAGUGGACGGCGACGAUCAUGCUGACGUUCGCCACAAUCCCGCUCGGCAUGGUGUCGAGGUUGAUUCCUGUCGAGGAGGCGCACUUUGAGCGCGAGCUCGACGCGGAGAACAUUGACGAGGACGCAAGGCAGUUCUUGGUGAAGUUGGCGAAGGACGUAGAGCGCACCGCGGACGAGCGCGCGGGCCGGUCUGGUGAGGCUCUGAACAAGGCGAAGCGUGCGCGUGUACUAAGCCUAUGGUACCGCGCGUACGCCGAGCAUGUGGGAACGCUGCGGGUUGUCAACGCGUUCCGCCGCGCGCACUUCGAUCGCGACAUGACGUCGGAGUUGUCGCGCAAUGUGUACCGCCAGAUGGUCGAGCUCACCUCACCGAAUCCGUAA